CAUCUCUUUCCUCUUCUUCUUCCAUCCACCAUGACCCGCCCAGACCACAAACACGACCCCGCCCUAAAGUCACUCCGGAGACACCUCUCCAGACGACCAGACUUGCUCUUCGCAAUAGCAAAACGCCACUCCACCAACCCCCUCCUCCACCCCCCUCCCGCACCGCUCGACCCCUCCAAAUCCCUCCCCGCCACCUCCCCCUCCGUCCGCAUCACCAUCCCCCAAGGCAGUCCCACCUACGACGCCCUCGGUAUCACGCUCAAAACCAAACAGCGCGAAGUCCAGGUCGAUAUUCCUUUACGGCAGACUGCCAAGACGCCGAAGGAAGUCCGACAGAGCGUUGAGAAGAUGGGGGAGGAUGCGCUGGGGUAUUAUGGUAUCGUAUGUCCAUACCAUUGCUUGUUUGAUUCUCGCUGAAACUGGGGGAAAGCCCGAGAAUCCACAAGUAACAUCCUACACCACCCCCCUCCACUCCUACAUCCUCCCCCUCAUCCCCAUCCUCCUCAACAUCUUCCUCUUCUACGCCCCCUCCUCCAACCACUACGCCAACAUCGGCCGAUCCCUCGUCCAUCAAUACAUCGGCCCAAACGCCAUACGGUACGGUAUCCUCUUUUUCGGAUCUUUCCACUUUAUAAUCGAACCCUUACUUCUGUUCCGAGGAGUCUGGCGAUACAGAGUCCCCCUCGUACCGAGCUUGCUCUACCUCUCGACUGUCGUCAUCAUCGGGUUCGGGGGUAUCGACGCUCUCAGGCGAGCUGUGAUCCAAGAACGUAUCCGCCUCCUCCGUUCCGCCUCUCCCAUCGACGCUAAAGACCGGCCCCUCCCCACCUCCACCCACGCGCAUGUUGAAGAAAACGAAUUCACCCUUCACAAUAUCCCCUCGCACCCCAAAAUCACACACUACAACCCCCCCUUCUUCCUCCCAACGCUCGUCCUCCUCCCCCUCUCCCUCCUCCUCUUCCUCCACUUCGCCCCCUCCUCCAACCCCUACGCCAAUACCGGCCGAGCGUUGGUUGAGCGGUAUCUCGGACCCAGGGUUGUAAAGUAUAAUGUCUUGUUUGCCGGGGCUUGUCACCUGAUUAUCGAACCCCUCCUCAUCCUCUUAAAACUCAUCAAACACCGCGUCCCCCUCUCCACCAGUUUGUUCUAUAUGAUGACGGUGGUAGCUAUCGGGUAUGGCGGCAUACAGGCUUUCGAUCGGGCUGUGUAUGAAGAGAGGGUACGACUGCUUCGCGCUGUGCCCAAGAAGGACCAGUAAAAACACCCAUCCCACAUCCCACCACCAACACUAUCGCGUCGCCCAACUUCCCCACAAAUCGUACUUUUAGAGAUUCAAUAAAACCCACACGUCCGCGCGACCAUAUACACGACAUCAGAAUAUAUCAGCGCUAUAACACCCAUCAAUCCCUGUCUAAAUCAUAUGUUUCCUAUACACACCUCGUAAUGCAGAUG